AUGGCAGCUGCCGCUAACAACGGCAAACGGAAGGUGGUCACUGUUUUACCACUUCAUAUCGAUACAACUUCCUUUACCAACCCACAGCAACCCAUCACGUAUCCAUGGCGACGCAUCAUCAACAAGCGGCAGCUCCCCUUUCUGAUCCUCUUUGUCUUUUUCAUCUUCAGCAUUGCUAUCAACUUUAUUCAACAUGAACGGCAUCGUGGUGUGCUCACCAGGACGUCAUCUCUCACGCCAUCGAUCAGCGAUCCACUACCAAGGGCGCCGUUAGAAAAGUUACAGCGAGCGAUCAUUGUCCCUGGCCAUGCGAUCUACACUGGCGACUCGUCGUUGGAAGGUUUAGAGGUGGAUGAUAAUUGGGUCUUGGAGUCGUUUCAACGUGGUGGUCAAGUACGCACCUUUGUGAGGCAUAUUGAAAAGGCCAUUGAGAUGGCAAAAGAAGAUCCAGAGGCUGUUGUCAUCUUUAGUGGUGGACAAACGCGUGCACAUGCUGGACCUCAAUCAGAAGGACAAUCCUACUGGCAAAUUGCCAACAGCUUAAUCCACAAAGAAGCCAUCAAUGAUACGACGACGGUGGAUAGUCUUACAGCAAGAAUGAUUGUGGAGGAUUAUGCGCGAGAUUCACAUGAGAAUUUGUUAUUUUCGAUAUGUCGAUUUCAAGAAAUGACAGGGCAAUAUCCAUCAUCCAUCACUGUUGUCGGCUUUGAAUUCAAAAGAACACGUUUCGAAGAGAUGCAUCUUCGAUCAUUACGAUACCCAGAACAACAAUUCCGAUACAUUGGCAUUGAUCCACCAUUUGAUCCAGUUGGUACACCCGAGCGGAGUGCAGGUGAAGCAGCUAAUUCCCUGGGUCCUUUGAAGAAGGAUCCUUAUGGUUGUCAUUAUCCGCUUGUCCAAAAAAGAAUCGAUCGUAAUCCCUUUCGUAGAAGACAUCCUUAUCGCUUAACAUGCCCUGCCCUUUCCGAUAUCAUCAACUACUGCCCUGAAGACAAUCAAUUUUUCCAAGGACGUUUACCAUGGGAUAAUUAA